UCGGAAAUUGCCCCCACUACCAAACAUUUAUGAACUGCGCAUGCGCACAGAAAAGUAGGAGAACAUUUAGCAUAUAAAACAUCUAGGGUGGGAGUAAAAACCGACGACACCCGAGGUGCAUUCUCUCGGUGGGAUGACAAUACUAAUUUUUCUUAUCAAAUUUUGUUUUAUUCCACUGUCUACGUAUACUUGAACGUGAAAUAUUCAACAAAAAAUCAAUAAUGACAGACCAAGUACAAAGUCCAAGUGGCGGACCUCAUCUUGAGGUACUCGAUCGUGUAAAAAAUAUUCCUGCUGUUCAUAUGGCAAUUGAGAAAACUGGCUCAACUUACUCAUAUUUAAAAGGAUCACAUCAACUUAUUAACUGGGCAUUGAGUUAUGCAGAAGCUGGAUUGCACUAUGCAACAGCAACUGCAGCUCCAAUUGCUGUUCCUCUUGCAAAAAAAUUUGAGGGCCAAAUUAAUACUGUAGAUCAAAAAUUAUGUAAAGGACUCGAUAUUGUCGUACAGACAGUUCCUAUCUUUAACCAACCAACUCAAGAGAUUUAUGAUGCAGCGAGGAACGUCAUGAAUAGUUCUCUUCAACCAACAAUUGAUAAAUUACUUGCAGCUAAAGAAUCAGCAACACACCAAGCAAAUGUGAUAAAAAAAAUAAGUGUCGAUAAAGCCAAUGAACUUUUGAAUAACCAUUAUGGUGAUUUGGCAGUACAGAGUAUAGACAACACAAAUGUUCUUGUUAAUAAAUUAAUCGAUUAUUAUUUUCCUCCUAUUGAAGAAGAAGAUACUCAAACAGCUCCAGUAUCAGCAGAUGAAAAUAAAGUGUUACACGCCGUGCAAACUAUUGGUCAAUUGUCAUCUAAAACUGCCAAUCGUAUUUUUCAUUCAGUCUCAGCUCAGUUAAAAACUAUUCAAAGAGAAGAUGUAGCUACAUACAUAUCGAGCGUUGUUUCAAUACUUCAUCUAACUCAUUUUCUCAAUCUCGCAAAAGAAAUAAGCAACCCGACUAUAUCUUCAGAUAAUACAAAUUGAUUCACAUUCAAUUAAACUAACGAUUAGUUUUUUUUAUUUUUUACAUUCUACAACUUUAUUCGUUAAACCUGCCUUUUCAAUUUUCUACUGUCGAAAUUUUUUAUGGCAACGCCAUGAGUGAUACAAUUAUAAAAACUUAAUAAUAAAGUAACAAAAUAUGCUAAAAAUUUAUACUGUUAUGAAAAAUUAUUUUAGUAUUGAAAAAGUAAAGAAUAU